AGCAGACCAGGAGCAGCGCGUCCAUGGUCUCACUGAGCCGCUCCAAGAUGUUCCAGCUUCUCCAGGGCCACCUCCCCCCGGCCGGACAACGUGCCCGCAAAACCACCCGCCUGGUCUCCAAAGAUGGCCGCUGCAACAUCGAGUACGACAACAGCGCCCGCCUGGCCUUCCUAGUGGACAUGUGGACCACAGUUGUCGAAAUACGUUGGAGGUUCGUCCUACUCCUUUUCAUCAUCUCCUUCACAGGCAGCUGGUUCAUCUUCAGUCUUCUGUGGUACUGGAUCGCCAAGAGCAAUGGAGACCUAGCAAGCCAAAACCGCACAAUUGGACACGUUCGAUGUAUAGACAACGUAAAUGGACUCACCACCGCUUUCCUAUACUCCCUGGAAACGCAAACUACUAUUGGAUACGGAGGACGCGCUUUGACGGGCAACUGCGCUGGUACCGUAGCCCUCAUCAUGGUUCAGUCUCUCGUGGGAGUCUUCAUCAAUUGCUUUAUGUGCGGUGUCAUCUUAGCCAAAAUCUCGCUACCCAAAAAACGUGCAAAAACUGUGACGUUCAGCAAUACCGCUGUUAUUUGCCUGAAAAAAGGCCGACUGUGCCUCCUGAUCAGGGUAGCCAAUCUUCGGAAGACGUUGCUAAUCGGGAGUCACAUUUACGGAAAACUCGUACGGACUUCGUUAACGCCGGAUGAAGAGGCGAUUAUUCUAGACCAGGUGGAUGUAGACUUCGCAGUUGACGCAGGAAAAGAUAACCUGUUUUUUGUUUGCCCAUUGACCCUGUACCAUGUGAUCGACAGGUCCAGUCCCUUUUACGAACUUUCCUCAGAUAGCCUCCCGCAGCAGGAUUUCGAAUUGGUAGUUUUCCUCGACGGGACUGCAGAAUCGACUAGCUCUUCCUGUCAGGUCCGCACUUCCUACGUCCCUCAGGAGAUACAAUGGGGGCACACUUUUUCGCCAAUCAUCUCCAAAACCAAAACCGGGAAGUAUUGUGUAGAUUUUUCAAACUUUUCCAAGAGCGUUCCGGUGAGCACGCCCCACUGUGCACUUUGCUUCAGCGCGGAAGUGGAGCAGAGGAAUACCAACUGCCUUAGUGAACAAAAUCUCACCAACCACACCAAGCUAGGCAUUGACAACCUUGGAUUUCAAGUGAUAGAGGUGGACACGGAAACAGCAGACAUUACCAAGAUGUAA